UGCAGAAUUUUGAUGUAGCGAUUAGUGUUUUGGUUUUCUUUGUCUUUUCUAGUGAGCUUUGGCAUUAGACAAUCGUUGAACCUUCACUGUUUUUCUUGAAAUUAGGACAACUCCACACCGGGCCGAGGAUUGCUAAUCUCCUGCUGGAGAAUGACUAGAUUUCAAAGUUGGAUAUCCGUGUGUCAUCUUAUGGGCUUUAGUUGAAUUGGGUCUCAUAUUUUUUUAUAUUUUCUUCAUAUGAAUCUUGUCAGAAUCAGAUCUUAAUCUGAGGUCGUAUGCUGUUCUCUAAAUGUUUCUUGUGAUUUUGAAUACUCUAUUUAGUAUUGGGAUUAUGUAUCGCUACUAAUUUCUUGGGGUCUUAGACUUCACAAUGAGAUUAUAUUUCUAUUCUCUUGGCAUGGACUUGACAAGGCUUUUGCUUCCAUUCUUUAUAUGUCUUCUCAGUUAGUGUCUUGAAACAGGUCUUUAUUUCUGUUUCCAUUCCUUGGAGCCAAUAAAAUUUUUAUCUGGCACUGUUGAUCAGAGUUUAGAUAUUUCUAACUUGGUGGUUUUGGCAGAGUCUGUCAUACGAUAAUAUUCUGUUUUUGGUUUAUCAUGUCUGAAUUUAUUUGCUUCUGCUAUUGAAUUUAGAUAUUGAGGAAAGCAUAAAUUGUCAACUGUGAAGAUGGAGAUAACCAAUGUUUCCGAGUAUGAGGCCAUUGCAAAGAAAAAAUUGCCAAAGAUGGUUUAUGACUACUACGCAUCUGGUGCAGAGGACCAGUGGACUCUUCGGGAGAACAGAAAUGCAUUCUCCAGGAUUUUGUUUCGGCCUCGUAUUCUUAUUGAUGUGACCAAGAUAGACCUGACCACUACUGUCUUGGGCUUCAAAAUAUCAAUGCCCAUUAUGAUUGCUCCAACUGCCAUGCAAAAAAUGGCACAUCCUGAAGGAGAGGACGCAACAGCAAGGGCAGCAUCAGCAGCUGGCACAAUUAUGACAUUAUCCUCAUGGGCUACCUCAAGUGUUGACGAGGUUGCUUCUACAGGGCCUGGAAUUCGCUUUUUCCAGCUUUAUGUAUUCAAAGACAGGAAUGUAGUUGCACAACUUGUGAGAAGAGCUGAAAGGGCUGGUUUUAAGGCAAUUGCCCUCACUGUUGAUACUCCAAGACUAGGUCGCAGGGAAGCUGAUAUUAAAAACAGGUUCUCUGUACCACCAUUCUUGAUAUUGAAGAAUUUUGAGGGAUUGGACCUUGGCAAGAUGGGUAAGACAGAUGACUCUGGAUUUGUUUCAUACGCUGCUGGUCAAGUUGAUCAAUCGUUUAGCUGGAAGGAUGUGAUGUGGCUUCAGACAAUCACUUCAUUACCAAUUCUAGUGAAAGGUGUUCUAACUGAAGAGGAUACGAGGUUAGCCAUUCAAAAUGGAGCAGCGGGUGUCAUUGUGUCCAAUCAUGGAGCUCGUCAACUUGAUUAUGUCCCAGCCACUAUCAUGGCUCUGGAGGAGGUUGUCAAAGCUGCACAAGGCCGAGUUCCUGUUUUCCUGGAUGGCGGGGUCCGGCGUGGAACAGAUGUUUUCAAAGCAUUGGCACUUGGAGCCUCUGGAAUAUUUAUUGGAAGGCCUGUUGUCUUUUCUUUGGCUGCUGACGGUGAGGCUGGUGUAAGAAAGGUACUCCAAAUACUUCGUGAUGAGUUUGAGCUUACUAUGGCAUUAAGCGGAUGUCGUUCACUCAAUGAGAUCACUCGUAAUCACAUUUUUACAGAAUGGGACCAACGUCGUCCUUUCCCUAUCCCAAGGUUAUAAAAUGCCUUGAAUAUCACCGAUGGGCCUACAUAUUUUCCAGUAAGUGUAACGUUCCAUUUUGUAUG